GCUUUGAACCCAGAUAAUGGACAUGGCCAAUAAGUCUGCCGUGACUGAAUUUGUUUUGCUGGGGCUCUCCAACUCCUGGGAACUACAGAUAUUUUUCUUUAUCGUGUUCUCACUGUUUUAUGUGGCAACAAUAGUCGGUAACAGCCUCAUAGUGAUCACAGUUCUAGCUGACCCUCACCUGCAUGGUCCUAUGUACUUCCUGCUGACCAACCUUUCUGUCAUUGACAUGGCUCUGGCUUCCUUUGCCACUCCCAAGAUGAUUACAGACCAUCUAACUAAUCAUAACACAAUCUCUUUUGAUGGAUGCAUCUCCCAGAUAUUCUUUCUCCACCUUUUCACUGGUACUGAGAUAACUUUACUGAUGGCUAUGUCUUUUGACAGAUAUGUUGCAAUUUGUAAGCCCCUGCACUAUGCUUCAAUCAUAAGUCCCCAGGUGUGUGUCGCCCUUGUGGUUGCUUCAUGGAUUGUAGGAAUCUUGCAUUCAAUGAGCCAGGUCGUAUUUGCUCUCACGCUACCAUUCUGUGGUCCCAAUCAGAUAGACAGUUUUUUCUGCGACCUUCCUGUGGUGUUCCAGUUGGCUUGUGUGGAAACAUAUGUGCUUGGCCUCUUUAUGAUAUCAACAAGUGGCAUUAUUGCUUUGUCCUGCUUUGUCCUUUUGCUUAAUUCGUAUGUUAUUGUGCUUGUUACGAUCAAGCACCAUUCCCCCAGAGGGUCCUCAAAGGCCCUUUCAACCUGUACAGCUCACUUCAUUGUUGUCUUCAUGUUCUUUGGGCCAUGCAUCUUCAUCUAUAUGUGGCCACAGAACAGCUUUGUGAUAGAAAAGAUCCUGUCUGUAUUUUAUACCAUCUUUACUCCCAUUCUGAACCCAAUAAUAUAUACGUUGAGAAAUCAAGAAGUAAAGACAGCCAUGAAGAAACUGAAAAGUAAGCUUCUAAAUUCCAGGAGAGAAGCUCCCUCACAUUCUUUUCCGUUUUAA